CAUCCGGAUGCUUUUCCCAGAAAAACUUGAUGCAGACAAAAAAGGACGGCCCACUACAGCUGGAUCCAAAAUUAAGAAACAAGCCAAUGAUCUUGUGAACACCCUGAAGAAGUGUACACCUCAUUACAUCCGUUGCAUUAAGCCCAACGAGACGAAGAGGCCACGAGACUGGGAAGAGAGUCGGGUGAAGCAUCAAGUGGAGUACCUGGGACUGAAGGAGAAUAUCCGAGUCCGCCGAGCUGGAUUUGCAUAUCGCAGAAUCUUUCAUAAAUUCCUGCAAAGGACGCUCUUCCUCCUAGAGGAGAUGCGGGAACGAAAGUUUGACGGGUACGCCCGGGUCAUCCAGAAAGCGUGGCGCCGUCACAUCGCCGUCAGGAAGUAUGAGCAGAUGCGAGAAGAAGCAUCCAAUAUCCUGUACAACUUCAAAGAGAGGCGGAGAAACAGCAUCAACCGAAAUUUCAUGGGUGAUUAUCUGGGUUUAGAAGACAAACCAGAACUGCGCAAGUUUUUGGGCAGAAGGGAGAGAAUUGAUUUUGCCGAUUCAGUCACCAAGUACGACAGGCGGUUUAAG